GAUGGGUAACAACAUGGUGCCCAUAAACCAUGUGACGCCAAUUUAACCAAUGACAGAGCUGUAGCGGUUAGCCACUUGCUAGCACCCUGCUGCCAUAUACGUUCGUCUCGCGCUGUUUUGUUUGGUUAGCGUUAGUAGCAAAAUGGCGGCUCGCAUCCCUGCGCAGAGACGCGCCGCAAUCUAUUUUUAACUGCAGUGUACUGCUUCCUCUGUCCUCUGCUGCACGUGUGCAUACAGCCGCCGGUGAGGCUGUCGCUUGGGUCAGGAGAGAUGCACGUCCUUUUCUUCGUGUUAACGUGAGCCUGCAGCGCCUGGCUGCGGUGGUCACUUCCCGAUCGCUCUGUUUUUACCGGGCAGAAAAUGGUAGACUGGCCGCUAUGCCAGUAAGCGACACAAUGUAACAUUUAAAAACGAUUGAGCCGGGUAAAGAUGUUUGUUUACACGGUGGUAUCAAAGGGAAUCCACCUGGAGUAAACAGAAGUUCGUUGCCGUACAAUUUUAAGACAAGGUAACUAGUUAGCCGCUGAGCCACUUCGAAUUGGCCGGCUAGUUCGCGAGCUAGAACUAAACUACUGCGACUCAAGGCACCGACGAAGCCUUUUAAGGCAAACUUUUCCUUCGGUCCCCUCUCAGCAAAGACCAUUAGUGGUGGACUCUGACAAAGGCGACAUGGAAGUCGAGUCCGUGGUGCUUCAUCCCCGCUGGAAGCGUGUCCUGGGCUCGAGCGGUCCAGUACCGCGGCCCCGUCAUGGACACCGGGCCGUGGCAAUCAAAGAGCUGAUGGUGGUGUUUGGUGGAGGUAACGAGGGCAUCGUGGACGAGCUUCAUGUGUACAACACAGCUACCAACCAGUGGUUCAUCCCUGCUGUGCGAGGGGACAUCCCGCCUGGCUGCGCUGCUUACGGCUUUGUGUGUGACAGUACCAGACUUUUGGUGUUUGGUGGAAUGGUGGAAUAUGGAAAGUACAGCAACGACCUGUAUGAGCUGCAGGCCAGUCGCUGGGAAUGGAAGCGUCUGAAAGCAAAGGCUCCAAAGAACAACCCGCCCCCUUGCCCCCGCCUCGGCCAUAGCUUCUCUCUGAUUGGAAGUCGCUGCUUCUUAUUUGGAGGCCUGGCCAAUGACAGUGAAGACCCCAAGAACAACAUUCCCAGGUACCUGAAUGACCUCUACUUCCUGGAGUUGCGGCAGGGCUCCAGCGUGGUCAGCUGGGACAUUCCAUUGACGUCUGGGCAGCCGCCGCCACCCAGAGAAAGUCACACGGCCGUGGUGGCAAGCGGUUGUCGAGGCAACCGUCUAAUAAUCUACGGGGGAAUGAGCGGCUGCAGGCUGGGGGACCUAUGGGUGCUCGACAUUGACUCGCUUGUCUGGAGCAAACCAGCGCUCAGUGGGACUGCCCCCUUGCCUCGCAGCCUGCACUCGGCCACUACUGUCCAUAACAAGAUGUAUGUGUUUGGAGGUUGGGUUCCUCUGCUGAUGGAUGAUGUCAAAGUGGCAACACAUGAGAAGGAGUGGAAGUGCACCAACACACUGGCUUGCCUCAAUCUUGACACACUGUGCUGGGAGAUGGUGCAGAUAGACAGCAUGGAGGAAAACAUUCCGCGAGCUCGUGCCGGUCACUGCAGUGUAGCCAUCAACUCCAGACUUUACAUCUGGAGUGGGAGAGAUGGCUACAGGAAGGCCUGGAACAACCAGGUGUGCUGCAAGGACCUCUGGUACUUGGAGACAGAGCGUCCCAGUUCACCGUCCCGGGUUCAGCUGGUACGAGCCAACACGUCAUCUCUCGAGGUGAGCUGGGGACCAUCGCAGACCGCUGACACCUACCUGCUGCAGAUACAGAAGUACGACAUUCCCGCCACGUCUGUGGCAACCCCAGCCGUUUCCACAGCUGCCACAGCAGCAAACUCUCUCAAGAGCUCUGCUUCCGUCGCAGCAAGUCUGACAAACCAAAUCCCUCACAUCGCGUUAGUCUCCUCUUCCACAGCAGCCAUAUCUGCAAACCCAUUGGCAGAUGCUGCUAAAGGUCUAGCUGUCUUGAAGGUGGCCACUCAAGGAGCAAGAAGUGACACCUCCAAUGUCACAGUGCGACAGGCCACGCCAAAAUACCCAGUUGCCGUGACCACACUUCCUGCAGGUGUUCGCAUGAUGGUCCCCGCCAAGGUUGGACAAGCUACACCAAUCAGCAGCAGUCCUCAGAUGAGCGGCAUGGCGGCGCUGGCAGCAGCGGCUGCAGCUACCUGCAAGAUCCCGCCUGCCACAGCGACCAUGUUCAACGUCCCGGCAGGGGCCUCCAUCAUGAAGACUGCGGCAGUAAGUUCUGGAUCCGGCAGCCUUCCCGUCACAAUGGUCAGCAACUAUGCAACUCGUAUCCUGAAAACAGCCGUUGCACAGGUGGAUGGGGCAACUGUUGUCUCAAGCCCCGGCACGGGCAGCCGACCAAUUAUCACAGUGCACAAGUCUGGAACGGUGACAGUUUCCCCGCAGACUCAGGUGGUCACCACAGUGGUAGGGGGAGUCACCAAGACCUACACACUGGUUAACAGCCCACUGGGCAUGGGAGCGGGCGGUGCUCUGAUCAGCAACCUGGGGAAGGUGAUGUCUGUGGUGCAGACUAAACCUGUCCAGAGUGGAAUGCUCACCAGUCAGACAGGGAGUAGCUCUGUUGCACAGAUCUUGCAGGCAAAGGGCGCCCUCCCAACUGGAACCAUCUUGAAGCUGGUGACCUCUGCCGAUGGCAAACAGACCACUGUGCUCAGCAGCCCGCAGACUGGCUCUGUUGUAACCAAACCUGGUGCCACCAUCAUAAAGACCAUCCCUGUGUCUGCGCUGCAAGGGGGUGCAGGUGGACCAAUCACAAUCCUCACCACCAAGAUGGUGACACCUGGGGCUGCUGGGAAAUUUAUCACUACGGUCCCCAAAAUCUCAGCGGGACAGCAGGGUGUCACACAGGUCGUGUUGAAAGGGAAUACAGGUGCUUCAGGUACCAUCCUCAGGACCAUCCCGAAGGGCGGAGUCAGACUGGUGUCACCAGGCGCCAUCGGCGCCAAGCCUGUAGUCACCACGCUGGUUGUCAGGGGGGCGACAGGUGUGUCCAGUCUGGGGACGGUAACAGGAAGUGGGUCCACCAUGGUGGCAGAAUUAGCCACCAAUGCCUCCCUAGGCACGUCCAUCACCACUCUGCCGACCAUCGCUGCGCUCACCGGCCAGGUCACCACGGCGACGGCUGCAUCUGCUGGACCCAAGCAGGUUGGACACAAGCAGGUAACUUUAAUCAUGACACCGAGCGGAGCAGAAGCCCAGCCGCUGGUCCAGGAUCUGCCUGUCUCCAUCAUGGCAUCACCCACCUCAGAAGAAGCAGGAAGUACGACGGGCAUGCUGACAAGUAGUGGUCCGGAAGGCGUUAAUGGAGAUGCUGUUACUGCCUUUACUGAGGUCUGCUCCAACCCGCCCUGUGAGACGCACGACACGGGAACCACCAACACCGCCACUGUGGUGAUGGCAGGCACUGGUCAAGUGUUGCAGGUGUGCUCCAAUCCACCAUGUGAGACCCACGAAACUGGAACCACCAACACUGCCACUACGGUGGGAGCGGGAGGACUGAACCAGGUGUGCUCCAAUCCACCGUGUGAGACCCACAAGACCAGAACCACCAACACUGCCACCACGGCCACAGCUCAGCAGGGUGGCGACAUGAUGCAAGGAGACUCCACUGAGCCCUCCUCCUCCGACCCUGCUUCCUCUGUUGCCAUCAGCCAAGGCAGAGCCAUUACCACUGUUACACAGGCCACGCCCACACCUGGUCCAGCCAUACCAGAAAUCUCCUCAUUGGUCAGAGAGUAUGCAGUCAAGAGUGAGGAGGAGGCUGUCGCAAUGGCCGCUACAGAGAAGCCCAUGCAAAUGGAAACCCAAUCAGAGGAUGUGAUGUCAUCAUCUGCAGCGGUGUUGUUGCAAGGCAAUGAGAUGGCGUCCAUGGACACGCCUCCUCAGGAGCUUAUGUCAUCUGAAGGGGACGGCAGCGAGAUGGACUCUGGGUUGACGACGACACUGAUGGUGACUGCUGAUGGGCUGUGUCCAGAUGAGUCUCAGCGUCUGACCAUCCAGGCCUUCCUGCAAGCAGCAAGACACACAGGUGGUGCCGAGUCGGUGCAGUCCAUUCCCAUCGUGCUGACACAGCAGGAGCUCGCUGCUCUGGUCCAACAACAGCAGCUACAAGACUUGCACUGCCAAGCAGAAGAGGAGGCAGAGUCUGGUGCCGCGCCUACAGAAGGCCUCGCUCCAGCAGACAGUCUGAAUGACUCGGUAGCGGAGAGCAACAGCCAUGAGGUGACCUCAUCUGCUGUGACUAGCGCCGUGGCUCGACUGGCGAGCACCUUUGGCCCUGCCCCUCCCCUGACAGCUAGCUCUAAGACCGAGCCUCCUGCCCCACUCUGCGAUGUGUCCAACGGCAUCGGCGCCAAUGAGUGGUUUGACGUUGGGAUUGUCAGGGUGACCAACAUGACAGUUUUUCACUACUAUGUCCCUGAUGACGACGUCACUAUUGAUCACCACUCAGGCAUGAUGCCGGACUACAGUCGGAUGAAGAAAGUGGAGCUUCAACCAGGGACGGCGUACAAAUUCCGUGUGGCGGGGAUAAAUAUCUGUGGCUGCGGACCCUUCUCAGAGGUGUCUGCAUUUAAAACAUGUCUGCCUGGUUUCCCGGGAGCGCCGUGUGGCAUCAAGAUCAGCAAGAAUCUGGGUGGAGCUCAGCUUACUUGGGAGCCUCCGGCUGUCACAUCGGGGAAGAUCACAGAAUAUUCCGUGUACCUGGCAAUACAGUCGAGCCAGGCCACUGCCGCCUCCGGGUCCGGUCCGGCACAGCUAGCCUUUAUGAGGGUGUACUGCGGCGCCAGCCCAUCCUGCCUGGUCCAGACUUGCAGUCUCACCAACGCCCACAUCGACCAUACCACCAAGCCCGCCAUCAUCUUCCGCAUCGCUGCUCGCAACCAGAAGGGCUACGGGCCGGCCACACAGGUGCGGUGGCUUCAAGAAACCAGCAAAGACGCCAAAGCAGCCAGCAAGCGACCGGUGUCUUCUCCUGACUUUAAAUCUGUCACACCAAAGAAGUUCAGAGCUGACCAAUCAGAGGACUCCAAGCUGUGCUGAGGACUUCUCGGAUAUUUGUACAUUGACCCGUCACAACUUUCUUUUGUUCAUUUCUCCCCCUCUGUGACGCUCAUCAUGGAGACGUGGAAAAAAUACACCAAACAACUGUCCUCUCUGAGAUAAUUAAUUGUUGAAAGGUCAACGGUCUCUUAUACACAUGGGUGGAGCAUCUGCAGAGCGGUUAGGAGUAACUUAUUUUCUUGCAAUUGCAAAAAAAUAUUACCAAAUAUCUAGUGUUACUUACGUUUUACUUCCCUUUAUUUUUAUAUACAGUAGGUACGGAAAGUAUUCAGACCCCCGUCUUUUCCCCCCCUCAUUAAUGUACACACAGCACCCCAUAUUGACAGAAAAAAAACGGAAUUGUUGAGAUUUUUGCAGAUUCAUUCAAAAAGAAAAACUGAAAUAUCACACAGCCUUAAGUAUUCAGACCCUUUGUUCAGUAUUUAGUAGAAGCACCCUUUUGAGCUAAUACAGCCAUGAGUAUUUUUGGGAAUGCUGCAACAGAUUUUUCACACCUGGAUUUGGCGAUCCUCUGCCAUUCCCCCUUACAGAUCCUCUCCAGUUAUGUCAGGUUGGAUCGUGAACAUUGGUGGAUGGCCAUUUUCAGGUCUCUCCAGAGAUGCUCAAUUGGUUUUAAGUCAGGACUCUGGCUGGGCCAUUCAAGAACAGUCAUAGAGUUGUUCUGAAGCCACUCCUUCAUUAUUUUAGCUGUGUGCUUAGGGUCAUUGUCUUGUUGGAGGGUGAACCUUCGGCCCAGUCUGAGGUCCUGAGCACUCUGGAGAAGGUUUUUGUCCAGGAUAUCCCUGUAGUUGGCCACAUUCAUCUUUCCUUUGAUUGCAACCAGUUGUCCGUCCCUUGCAGCUGAAAAACACCCCCACAGCAUGAUGCUGCCACCACCAUGCUUCACUGUUGGGUCUGUUGAGCAGUGCCUGGUUUUCUCCACACAUACCGCUUAGAAUUAAGGCCAAAAAGUUCUAUCUUGGUCUCAUCAGGCCAGAGAAUCUUAUUUCUCACCAUCUUGGAGUCCUUCAAGGCCCGGUUGUUCAAAACUCGUUUAUUUUUUAACCACUGGUUAAGUAGACUUAACUGACCGUUAACUUUAACGGCACCGUUAUCUUGUUGUCCAAAACUCGGUUAACUUUAACCGGCUGUUAACUUGACAUUAAAGUUAACACACCAAAGGACCGCCGCUAACAUUUUAACAGUGUGGUUAACUCUAAAGAUGGUGUUCGCAGCUAACGCUGGCUUCAUUUUAUUGUCACACUUUCUGUUAGUUCCUCUCAUAAACAGAUAUUACUGAUACCAAUAAUGCUAAGUCAAAUUUACUGCCAAUGUUCUUUCCAUGGUAACUCAGAUAAGCUAAGACAGAAACAUAUUAGAUUUUCUUGUUGCAGUUUAUUACUGUGGUCUGGCGCAAAAGUGAGUGUUACAGAGAAAUUACUGUGUAUAGAAAGUAAACUUGUCAGUUUAUGCUAUAAAAUAUUGACUAACUUAACAGGAACGUCCAAAGUCGAACAUAAUCUAUUUUGGGAUACAAAUUGACUACCAACUUGUUCCCAUUUCAUGCCUAUUAAUUCAUUGUAAAUCAGUUAUAACUGAAAUAUGUUCCAGAGUCAAACUGUCACCAUUAUAAAACUUUUUAUACAGAUAGGUUUUUUUAUGCAGUGCAUGUGAGUAUUCUAAAAAAUAGCUGACUGAUACACAUUUUGUUGUUUUGUUAAUGAUAUUGAUGUAGUCACUUUUGCCAUAUUUUAGGGUGCAGUCAGGAUGUACCAUGUUAAUGCAUCACAAAUACAUUGCACUUCUAUGGUUGUCGUCAUACUAUACAUCUUUGCCUUCACUGAUAAGUAGUUGUACAGUGGUGGCAUGACAAAAAUAACCCAGUAAAAAUCAAAACACUUGCCCAGUAAAGGGUUUAAUUUGAAACUUAUUUUUCAUGAAAAUGUUCAUUUUUGAAAUCUUCAGUUCCACUGUAUCUUGGCAGGUAAACUUAACAUAAAAAUAUCCUUUUGCGAAGGGUGUAAUAAUACAUUUGCUUGGUAAAAGCAUUCAUUUCCACUGAAGGCUUGAGGCAGGUUGUGUCAUCUCUUUGUUAGACAGAUCACGGUUUUGGAUGAUUAUCAUCUAAUCUACAGUAAAUCAAGUUCAAGGGCACUCGAUAGUCGUCAUAGUAACAAAAGUAAUUCUGGCUUGUUAUAGAGGGAAAGCUAGAAAUUUGCUUGAGUAAAUAGAUGCUCUUUAGUGAGACAAAAGUAAAUCUUUAGACCCAUGCAAUUUAUUGAACUUGUGCGACUGCUAAAUUAAGAUGUGUAAUAUGUUUCAGAAGUGCUUGUGAUUGUGGAAAAAGUAAUUAUCACGAUUAUUCACAGAUUUCGAAACUUUGCAUUUAUUUAACGACCAAAACUCUGACCAUGUUUUCAACAACGCAUGUUUAACGGUCGGUUAGCUAACGGCAGGUUAAGAAUUUAACUGGUGGUUAGUGGUGAACCAGUGUUUAAAAUAAACGAGUUUUGAACAACCGGGCCCAGGUGAUUUUUUUUUUUUUUUUUUUUUUUUUUUUUUUUUUUUUUUUUAGCAAACUCUAUGCAGGCUUUCAUGUGUCUUUCACUGAGGAGAUGCUUCCGUUGGGUCACUCUUCCAUAAAGCCCCGACUGGUGGAGGGCUGCAGUGGUGGUUGACUUUCUAUAACUUUCUCCCAUCUCCUGACUGCAUCUCUGGAGCUCAGACACAGUGAUCUUUGGGUUAUUCUAUUGCUCACUCACCAAGGCUCUUCUCGCCCGAUUGCUCAGUUUGCAAGGACGGCAAGGAAGGGUUCUGAUCGUCCCAAACAUCUUCCAUUUCAGGAUUAUGGAAGCCACUGUGUUCUUUGGAACCUUAAGGGCAGCAAAAUCCUUUUUUUAACCUUGGCCAGAUCUGUGACUUGCCACAAUUCUGUCUCUGAGCUCUUCAGGCAGUUCCUUUGACCUCAUGAUUCUCAUUUGCUCUGACAUGCAUUGUGAGCUGUAAGGUCUUAUAUAGACAGGUGUGUGGCUUUCCUCAUCAAGUCCAAUCAGUAUCAUCGAACACAGCUGGACUCCAAUGAAGGUGAAGAACCAUUUCAAGGAUGAUCAGAAGAAAUGGACAGCACCUGAGUUAAAUGUGUCACAGCAAAGGGUCUGAAUACUUAUGGCUGUGAUAUUUCAGUUCUUUAAUAAAUCUGCAAAAAUGUCAACGAUUCAGUUUUUCAAUAUGGGGUGCUGUGUGUACAUUAAUGAGGAAAAAAUUAUCUUAAAUGAUUUUAGCAAACGGCUGCAUGGUUGGUGUGGCUACUUUAUCCACUGUACAUAUUUGUACUGUAACAGUACAGCAAAGUUAAAAUUCCAUUCAAUUUCUAAUGUGCAGUUUGAUACACAAUUCAAUUUUGUAUACAUAUAAUAAAUAUAAUACCGUAUGCAGGUAUGUACAAGGGGCAGUCAAAAUGUAAUGAGCCCAAUUUAGUUUAACCUGCUAAUAAUUGAAAUAUUUUUUUCUGACAUUUUCACUGUAGUUUAAAUACUUGUUUGAAUGUUUGGGGGGGAAUUAAGCCUCUCCUCUUCCUUUCAGCCAUUUGAGAAAUGACAUCAUUGUUGGAUGCCGUCAUAGGCAGAGGCUGUGAUUGAAUUUCUUGCUUUGGAAGGGGAACCAAACGAAACAUUUUCAAAAGGAUGCAAACUGUUUUUUGGGGUUAGGGAGGUUAUGUCAUCAAUGAUGACACAUGAUGGUAAUUUCAUCAAUAAUGACUUUAUGAUGAUGAUCUCUUAUCAGUGCCUCGACCCAAAGCACUAGUCCCAGGAUUGAGCUCUGAUGAUGGUCUGCCGCUCCUUUGUUGUCAUUGUGCUCACUCAAAGGAGGCUCUCAUUCUUUGCGUUUCUUUUAUCCUAGACACCCACUUUUUCACUGUGCUGUAGCCUAUUGCAGCUUCCCCAUACACAUUUUUCAACCUUUUGAAAAUGUUUUGUGGUAGUUCUCCUUCCAAAGUAAGGAAUUCAGUCACAGCGCUCUGCUUCUGACGGACAUCCAACAGUGACCUAAUUUCCAGGCUUUCAUCAUCAAAAAAGAAAAGGAAAAAAAACUAGUAUUUAAACUACAACUGUGAAUAUUUCUGGAAAUAAAUUGCAAUAAUUAGUAGAUAAAAUUAAUUUGGGCUCAUUACUUUUUCACUGUCCCACAUAUAUACUAUAUGUGUAGUAAUAUAUUGAUUAUAUUGAAUGAUAGAUAUAUUCAUUAUAAAUUUAGUUUUAAUAUAUUUAUAAUAUAUUAAUAUGAUAAAUACAUUCAUCAGAUUAGACUGUGCCUGUGUUUUCUUCCGUGUCCCACUUAAAUCUUGAGACAUGUUUGUGACUUAGUUUUUCGAACUCAGAAAAUUAUCUGGGUCUUUGCAACUACCCAAUUUCCAUCUGUUCUUAACCAGAUAGCUAAAAAUGCUCCUAUACUGCUGCUUGGAAAUGUCAAGGUUAUUAGUAGUACCAGCAAUGUUUGUUCCUCUCCUUUGCUUCUCGUAGAUGAACUAGCAUUAGCGGUAGCCACAGUUUUGCUCACUCAGGUCAGAUGACCGUCACCGGAAAAAGUAGAAAAAUAAAUGUAUUUUCAAUCCA